AUGGAAGGAAAAAAUCUACUUCGCUACUUGUUCUUCCUCUCCGCCAUAGUUUUACUCUUGUUCUUCACUUUGCUAAACCUUCCAUCUCCGCCGUCCAAGGCGGAGCUACUAGACUGCACCACCAGCUCCCUAUGGUGCACCCCCAAGAACAGAAUCCAAUCCAAAAACCCCAUAACAAAACCCAACAGCCACACCGCCGACGUUCCCCACCACCCUCUAGACCCCCUCACUCUCACAGAAUUCAACAGAGUCAAAAAAAUCAUCCAAUCCCAUGAACUGUUUAAGAACUCAGUCUAUGCCCUUCACUCCGUCGUACUCGAAGAGCCGGAAAAGAAGGCGGCGCUCAAUUGGAAAAAGGGAGACCCACUCCCGGCGAGAAAGGCCUCCGUCAUCGCACGUGCGCGUCGUGUUUCGCACGUGCUGACGGUGGACCUUUCUACGGGUGAGGUGAGCCAGCACGAAACGAAUCAAUAUUCCGGAUACCCAACUAUGACCGUUGAGGAUAUGAACUCAGUCAUUUGGGCCCCACUCGCUAGUGCUGAUUUUAAUCGGACGGUCAUUGAGCGUGGGGUUGAUCUGAUUGAUCUUUCAUGCUUGCCCAUUUCAACUGGCUGGUUUGGGAAGGCCGAGGAGAGCCGAAGGUUGAUCAAAGUGCAAUGCUACUCCAUGAAAGAUACUGCCAACUUUUACAUGAGGCCUAUUGAAGGGCUCACCGUCAUCGUUGAUUUGGAUACGAAAGAAGUGCUGAAAAUAACUGAUAAUGGUAAAAACAUACCAAUACCAAAGGCGAAUAACACAGAUUAUCGUUCUUCAGUCCAAAAUUCGUAUCAAAGGCUAGUCAAUCCGAUAUCAAUUGAACAACCAAAUGGUCCUAGUUUUACAGUAGAAGACGAUCAUUUGGUCAAGUGGGCGAACUGGGAAUUCCACCUAAAACCGGAUGCAAGAGCCGGGGCGAUCAUUUCUCGGGUCAUGUUUCGGGACCCGAGUUCCGGAGAGAUGAGGAGUGUGAUGUACCAAGGGCAUACAUCGGAAUUGUUCGUGCCGUACAUGGAUCCUAGUGAUGCUUGGUACUUCAAGACCUACAUGGAUGCUGGGGAAUACGGGUUCGGGUUACAGGCUAUGCCACUUGACCCGCUUAACGAUUGUCCGAGGAAUGCCUACUAUAUGGAUGGUGUGUUUGCAGCUGCCGAUGGAACACCGUAUAUCCGAUCCAACAUGAUUUGUGUGUUCGAGAGUUAUGCAGGUGACAUUGGAUGGAGACACUCUGAGAGCCCAAUUACUGGCAUGGAGAUUCGAGAGGCAAGGCCGAAAGUGACGUUGGUGGUGAGAAUGGCAGCAUCGGUUGCCAACUACGAUUAUAUAGUAGAUUGGGAGUUCCAAACAGAUGGACUCGUCAGAAUUAAGGUUGGCCUUAGUGGAAUAUUGAUGGUGAAAGGCACUCCUUAUGUCAACAUGAACCAAGUAAAUGAACAAGAAAACCUCCAUGGAACCCUCUUGUCUGAAAAUGUCAUUGGUGUCAUCCAUGAUCACUACAUAACAUUCUACCUCGACAUGGACGUCGACGGCUCGGAUAAUUCCUUUGUAAACGUCCAUCUCCAACGAGAACAUACCUCGCCCGGAGAAUCUCCGAGAAUGAGCUACCUGAAAGCGGUAAGAAAAGUAGCAAAGACGGAAAAAGACGCGAAGAUCAAGCUCAAGUUGUAUGAUCCAUCAGAAUUCCAUGUUGUUAAUCCGAGCAAGAAGACGCGGGUCGGAAAUCCAGUGGGCUAUAAGUUGGUUCCCGGUGGCACAGCAGCUAAUUUGCUUGAUCUGAAUGAUCCUCCACAAAAGAGAGGUGCUUUUACCAACAACCAAAUUUGGGUUACUCCAUAUAACAAGAGUGAGAAAUGGGCUGGUGGCUUGUUUGUUUACCAGAGUCAUGGUGAUGACACCUUGAAAGUAUGGUCUCAAAGGGAUGAACCAGUUGAGAACAAGGACAUUGUCCUAUGGUACACAUUAGGAUUUCAUCACAUUCCAUGUCAAGAAGAUUUUCCCAUAAUGCCAACUGUAACCUCAAGCUUUGAUUUGAAGCCUGUCAAUUUCUUUGAGAGCAAUCCUAUUCUUGGGAUCCCACCAAAUGUUGAGAAGGAUCUUCCCAUUUGCAAAGCAGCUGCUGCUGCUUCAGCUUGA